AUGGAUGACGCUGCCGUCCUCAAGCGACGAGGCUACAUCAUGGGGAUCAAUUUGGGAGAGGGCUCCUACGCCAAGGUCAAAUCCGCUUACUCUGAGCGCCUCAAGUUCAACGUGGCGGUCAAGAUCAUCGACCGCAAGAAAGCCCCCACGGACUUCCUGGAGAAAUUCCUUCCCCGGGAAAUUGAGAUUCUGGCCAUGCUAAACCACCGCUCCAUCAUCAAGACCUACGAGAUCUUCGAGACGUCAGAUGGCAAGGUCUACAUCGUCAUGGAGCUUGGGGUCCAGGGUGACCUCCUUGAGUUCAUCAAGACCCGGGGGGCCCUGCAGGAAGACGACGCUCGCAAGAAGUUCCACCAGCUGUCCUCGGCCAUCAAGUACUGCCACGACCUGGACGUCGUCCACCGAGACCUCAAGUGCGAGAACCUUCUCCUCGACAAGGACUUCAACAUCAAGCUGUCCGACUUUGGCUUCUCCAAGCGCUGCCUGCGGGACGAAAGCGGCCGGCUGACACUGAGCAAGACCUUCUGCGGGUCGGCGGCGUACGCAGCCCCCGAGGUGCUGCAGGGCAUCCCCUACCAGCCCAAGGUGUACGACAUCUGGAGCCUGGGUGUGAUCCUCUACAUCAUGGUCUGCGGCUCCAUGCCGUACGACGACUCCAACAUCAAGAAGAUGCUGCGCAUCCAGAAGGAGCACCGUGUCAACUUCCCACGCUCCAAGCACCUGACGGGCGAGUGCAAGGACCUCAUCUACCGGAUGCUGCAGCCGGACGUCACCCGGCGCCUGCACAUCGACGAGAUCUUAAGCCACUGCUGGCCCCCCAAGCCCAAGGCCAUGGCCUCCGCCUCCUUCAAGCGGGAGGGCGAGGGCAAGUACCGGGCUGACUGCAAGCUGGACCCCCGGCCUGGCCCACAGCCCGAACACCGGCCCGAGCACAAACUGGGGGCCAAGACCCAGCACCGGCUGCUUGUGGUCCCUGAGACCGAGGACCGGGUGGAGGAGCAGCUAGUCGAAACCUCCAGGGCCAAGGACCACGUCUCCGGAGCUGAGGUGGGGAAGGCGAGCACCUAG